GGUUUUCGUCAAUCUGAUAAGUAUCUUCAAAUGCAUUCGUCUGCUGCGUGUGAGCCGCGUGAUUCGUAAACUGGACCAGUAUAUUAACUAUGGCUUCAUAACUUUAAUUCUCUGUUUGGUCGCGUUCUUACUCUGUGCCCACCUCAUGGCUUGUGCAUUUUACCUUAUUGCAUCGAAAUAUGACAAUUUCCAUGAAGUGGGAUGGGUCGCAACCUUGGCAAAGCAGACUCACCAGCCAUUCAAUACCAAUACCAAUCUAACUAACCCAGUCCUACCUACCUUGCCAUCGCUUUAUGUAUCGUCGCUGUACUACUGUCUGACGAGCUUGACUACGAUCGGGUUUGGAAAUAUAUCGCCAAAUACCACUGCAGAGAAAAUAUUUGGGAGUAUUUUUAUGAUUGUUGGAGGUAUGUUUUGUUUCAUUUCGUUGUGUUGUGUUUUAUCAGUACGCCCUUUCGAUAAUUACGUCACACAUACUUUUUGGUCUUGGAGCCUCGCUCUCAUUAGUAAGGUACGCAAGGUGAUUGGCGCGACAGCAUUGCAACGGUUACGCCUAGCCUGCGAACAGGCUCUCAAGCUGAAUUGAGAGCCUGCAUCGAUGACUAAUGAAUUUGAAUAUCUGCCCCGUAACGUUCGUUUUUCCAAAUAUGGAAUGUCUAUCCUUAUAUGGUGUUGUUUACAACUUUCGUGCAAACUAAAUUUAGACCGUGCAAACUAAAUUUAGACCGUGCAAACUAAAUUUAGACCGUACAGUUUAUACUGUUUUUCGAAAUAUAAGAUAUUCAAGCAAAAGUUUAAAUGUUUUAAAUACUGUUUUCUCAAAACAGAACAUUUCGUGCUUUGAGAUAAGAUGGCCAAAACCAAUUUGAUCAGUUAAUGUGUUUUUUAUGCAUAGUGCUUCAGCAGUUGACAUACAUAGAGCUCAGCGGAAACAUAUAAAUUAUAGCAUCUGACCAAUGAGAAUUUCGCGUCACGAUUUGAGACGCAGAUAUUCAAAUUCAUUAGUCAUCGAUGCAGGCUCUCAAUUCAGCUUGAGAGCCUGUUCGCAGGCUACGGUUACGCCAAGAUCUUAAGCAAAACCAAAGUUCCUAUUUUGUGAGUAUGUAACAGACAACUCUAUAGAUAACCUUUUCAUUUAUUUUUUCCCAGCACUUGGUUAUGCUGUGAUCUUUGGCCAAGUCACCGCCAUCGUACAACAAGCUCAGAAGCAAUCAGAGAAAUAUCACUCAUUCUUGGAUAAUAUUCGAGCUUUUCAAAAACUUUACCGAGUACCUGAUAAACUUUCGGCAAGAAUCCUCGAUUAUUUCAUGUCUACCUGGGCUCUCACUAAAGGAGUCGAUACUGAUGAAGUGAGUGAAAAAGAUUUAAACACUUUCGUGUGGAACUCUUUACCGUAUAUUCGAAUAUUGACCUUGUCGGUAUAUUCGUCUCAUUUCAGGUGUUGAAACAAUGCCCUAAAGAUUUGCAGUCCGACAUUUGCAUUCACCUGAAUCGGAAGGUGCUGUACGACAAUCCAGCGUUCAGGUCGAUGCCUAUGAGUGUCAUGCGCACUAUCGCAAGGAAUUUCUGCAUAUGUCACGUGGCACCAGGGGAUCGCGUGGUACACGAAGGAGAAAGUUUGGAUGUUUUGUAUUUCAUUAGUCAUGGUUCGUUUGAAGUGAAACAAGGCGACCAUGUCGUCGGAUUGCUAGGUAGGAACAUUUAAAGUGCAUAUGGCAUGAAAUUUCUUAUUUUUCUUAAAUGAAAGAACUCUUUAAGCUGUAGUGUAACUUGUUUUUAUGGUUUGUUCCCGAGUUAUUUCAAUUUGUUUGAUAUGUAAAUGGUGUGAAUAUGUCCGCUAAUUUAUGACGUCAUGUUGGUUGCAAGCUCUUCAAAAUGGUUGAAUAUGACUGCUAUCAUCCAAGAUGAUAAUUUCAAACUUCACUCACUGGUAAAUGUGAUUAAACACUGUAGAAAACGUGAACAGAUAUCUACAGUUUUUAGAGGUGAUUUAUAACCAGUGUAAGUUGAGCUUGCAACCAACGUGACGUCAUAAAUUAGCGGACAUAUUCACACUCAUUUACAUAUCAAACAAAUUGAAGUUACACUACAGCUUAAAGAGUUCUUUCGUUUAAGAAACUAAGAAAUUUCAUGUCAUAUGCACUUUAACACAUUCAACUGACUUUAUUUAUACAGGUUGUUAGCUACAGUAAAAAAAUUCGGCGUUAUACGCAGUUUUGACAAUUAUAAAAGAUUGUUCAAAACUUUACUCAAGGAAAAUUUGGUAACAGAUAGGUGUUGCGAGGAUGUCAUGUAGCCUAAAAUUUGUCUGUUUUUAGUACGCAAAACAAUGUCAGGUGACUUGCACUUCAAAAGUUUCAAUUUAGUUCAGCUGGCGCUAGGCCACGAGAACGUCACUUAAGAAACACGAUAUUCCUUAACUCCGGUCUGAAUGUCGCAGGCUAACUGAAAUUCCCAAUUUCAUACCCUGUUAUACUGGAAAUUGUGUUGGAAAACUCUAUAAGUUCUAAACUGCUCUAGAGGUCCAGAAUGGGUCAUCCCUUACUGGUCAAAUGUUACUACGGGAGGAAAUCUAACGUAACUGUAUUUAUACUGGACUGGUUAUCAGUUAUGAAAUAUUCUCUCCAUGCAGAGGUUCAGUAAGUGCCAUUCCUUAUUGGUCCAGCGUUACUACAGGAAGAACUGGAGAAAAAUUGCAUAAAACUAGAAGUACUCUUGUGACUAUGGCGUUUUAAACUUCGUAUGAAAGGAAGCUAAACCCCGUUUAAUAAACCCCGCAGGAUUGGUUACCUUUAUUCCAUUUCAUUAUCUGAAUAUAGUGUGGUAACUAGGCCAUCCAUUUCAGUUUUCAGAUCGAUGAUUCACAUAUCUGGGCAUAAACAUGCAUUAACUAAUCAGGGGCGGGUUGUAUCAAGCCCGUUUAGCUUAAACGGUGGAUAAGUCAAAAUUAAAUAACACUCUUAUAUCUCUCGUGAAUCAGUCAACUUAAAUAUUCUGCACUGAAUAUGUAGUUGUAAACAUUAUCGUUCUAUUAAGGUUCAAAACUUUUAGUUUGGUUGUUGAAUGAAUCUAUAGACUUGCUUUCUAUUUUGAGCUUAACCACCGUUUAAGCUAAACGGGCUUGAUACAACCGGACCCAGAUUUUUAACACGGGUAUCCAAUGUUGGAUUUUUGCUCGGCACUACCAGGAUUAAAAACACUUGAUGUUUCCCGCCAAGGCUCUUGCUUAUUAUUUUGUUCUCCACAUAAUUUCAGGUCAAGAUGACGUGUUUGGUGAUGACGUAUGUAACGAAGUGACUGUCGGGAAAUCUAUAGCUGACGUAUACGCACUGACCUAUAGUGAUAUACACUGUAUUGAUCGGAAUGAUUUGAGAGAUGUAUUGAUGACGUACCCGGAGUCUGGCGUCGAGUUCUCAACCAAACUUAAACUUACAUUUAAUUUGCGUCACCAGGUAUGUUGUGGGUUUUUUGAAAAUCGUUGUUCUUGCAACUUGUCAGCUUGACAAAUGUGAGCAAAUCAUUCCGUAGUCUUAUCGAUGAUGAAGGCCCUUCGCUUAACUCAGUCACUCGCUUUUAAUUGUUCUCUGGAAACGUUAGACUAGUAGUAUUUGCCAGUUGCAAAAAUGCUUCCAAGCAAAUUCAGAAACCUGUUUUGCUUCCCAAGUGGGAAAUGUUUACGGCAACAAUGUUUCUUUUUUGCUCAUCAUCGGGAAACAUGGCUAGGAAACAUGGUUACCUAUAGUUUGCCCACCUUCAGGCUUCAGAAAACAUGACUAGGAAACAAUGUUUCCUGACUAGGAAACAAUGUUUCCUAGUUUAGGAAACAAUAUUUCCUAGUUUGCCUACCUUCAGAAAACAUGACUAGGAAACAAUGUUUCCUGACUAGGAAACAAUGUUUCCUAGUUUAGGAAACAAUAUUUCCUAGUUUGCCUACCUUCAGAAAAUAGGAAACAAAAUGUUUCCUAGUUUGCCUAUCUUCGGGAAACAUGGCUUACUAGUUUUCCCAAAACCUAAGACGAGACCUUCUGUUUAUUUCCUAACUCAGGUGAACAGACAUAAGGAGUCAACUGCACUGCCUCCUUUGGAUACAAAUUCUUUUGAAAACAACCAAACCUCUUUCCCACUCCCACAUAGAAUCACACGGCUUGUGAACCCAUCUGCUGGACGUGGCCGCAGGCUCAGUUUAGUCCAGGAACUAAACCAGACUAUAGAUCUGGAGUCUUCGUUCAAUGGAGACAUUAAUAUGAACAUUCCAGUAAAUGAUGAGCCCAGUGUCCACGCGAGGACCUGGAGACGACCCGAGAGGAUCUCCACCACAGUCAUAAACGAGGAAGAAGAGGAGGAAGUGUCGCGCGAAGAGGAGUUACCUCUGGACCCUGGGACCGAGGAAGCUAAUGUAGGUUUUUAUCCAAAUCAAAUUCAUCCAAACCAACAGUCUACUGAAGUGGCCGAACUACGAAAUCAGUUAAACGAAGACAUUAGUGAACUUCAUUCAAAAUUAACUCAUGUUGAAAAUCAGCUUGCUAUUCUCAUACGUCUCAUGAAAAAUGAAAAGAACAAGCCUCAACUUCAGGCUAGACAUUCUCAUAGUUUCCCCACUCCGACAACAUCAAGUAGUUCACCACAUGAUUCUGGGAAAGAUCAUAAUGGCUCGGCAGUAAAUAGCGUUGCCUCACAGGAAUCCGAUAACGCUGGCUCACCAAGCUGGUUAUCACCGACUCCCAUACGAAGUAGUCGCUCCUACUCCGAUCCGAAUGCUCAGAAGCCGUCGUCAAAACGUGAUAGAAAGAAUGAGAAUGUGUCGCCAGUUGUAAAUUUAGCACGCCAUGGACGGAGAAAAGUUAGCGAUGCUUGAAAAUUGUCAUCUAGAGAAUAUAUGGUCAGAGUGAUGGUGCUGGACCAAGCCUGAAUGGUGCCCAGAGAAGUGGUACUGGUCCAAGGCUGUCAGUCCAAUGAAUGAUCUACAAAUCAGUCAGAAAAUGCUAGUGCAGUAGAGCUGUUUCAAUAGCUGUAUUCCUACAGUGGUAGUCAAAUAUGGUAUUCCAAGAAAACUAUUCUAAUAGUUAUAUUUUUCUGGUCAAAUGGAAUACUUAGUCAAAAGGUAUUUUAGUCAUUAUAAUGGUUUAAAUAUCUGGCGCUGGUUGGACGAAAGCCUAUCGAAGGGGAGAUGGCUGUGAAACUCAUUAGAAUAACAAUAUAACUCAUUAUCUAUGUUAGUCAACGUUUAUUCAUAAAUCUGGUACCGUCACGUGUGUAUUGUAUUUUUACCAAAUCUACCAAUAGCAAUUUCCAAUUUCUCUAUUGUUCGAGUCACGGAUAGAUGACUUUCCUAAAAUAUUGCAAUUGGUUAGUCGGGUAAAAAUACAAUACACACGUGACGGUGAAGGACCAGAUUUAUGAAUAAACGUUGACUAACAUAGAUAAUGAGUUAUAUUGUUAUUCUAAUGAGUUUCACAGCCAUCUCCCCUUCGAUAGGCUAUGGUUGGACGAAAGCCUGAUGGCGCUAUCCAUCGGUAGUGAAUUUUUCUACCCGGAUUGAACUUUAAUAUUUAUAAAUUAAUGUUUCUUUUUAUUAAUUGCGAGGCCAAUAUCCCGAGUUCUUAUAAUGGAUUAUUAUUUCUCUGUGCCUUUACAUGAAUGAAACGUUAGCCUGUGCUCGAACUACCAUGAUGACAAAUUUACACAACACUACCAAUGAGACAUAUUAGACAGCAGAUCCUGGUGUAUUCUUUGUCUUGUCUGUUCUAACAUAAGACAACUCACAACUUGUCGUGGUUUCUAGCCGUUUUCAGGCAUUUAUACAAGGGUUGAAAAACAACUACCUGGUGGACAGCGCUAUUCAGCCUUCGUACAACAGAUCCCUGAGAUUGAGGGAUGUUAAUAACAUAGAUCAACUUUGACACUGUCAAUGUCAAACGGUGUACAAAAUUAUUUUGCACUUUACUUAGUCUAAGAAACCAAAAUCAUUACACAAAUAUAUGCAGAAUGAUAUAUAUAUAUAUAGUUGUAUAGC